AUGGCAUCUCUCAAGCCUACAAGAUACUCUUAUGUUGAUAUUAAGAAGAUCACAAAUCAAUUCCAAGAUAAAUUGGGUGAAGGAGGUUAUGGAACAGUGUAUAAGGGAAAGUUGUCUGAUGAAGUUCAUGUUGCAGUCAAGAUCCUGAACAACACCAAUGGAAAUGGGGAGGAGUUUCUUAAUGAAGUGGGAACCAUGGGUAGAAUCCACCAUGUCAAUGUUGUUCGCUUAGCUAGCUUUUGUGCUAAUGGAUUUAGACGAGCUCUUAUUUAUGAGUUCUUGCCAAAUGAGUCGCUAGAGAAGUUCAUAUUUUCAAGAACAAUUAAAAACCAUUCCCUAGGUUGGAAAAAACUUCAAUAUAUUGCUUUAGGUAUUGCCAAAGGAAUUGAAUAUCUUCACCAAGGUUGUGAUCAACGAAUCCUCCAUUUUGAUAUCAAACCUCAUAAUAUUUUACUUGAUCACAAUUUUAAUCCAAAAAUAGUUGAUUUUGGCCUCGCCAAAUUAUGUUCCAAGGAACAAAGUGUAGUUUCUAUGACUACAGCUAGGGAGACCAUGGGCUAUAUUGCUCCAGAGAUGUUAUCCAGGAAUUUAGGGAAUGUGUCUUGCAAGUCAGAUGUUUUUAGCUAUGGAAUGCUAUUACUUGAAAUGGUAGGAGGAAUGAAGAAUAUUGAUGUUACUGUGGAAAAUACUAGUCAAGUUUACUUCCCAGAAUGGAUUUAUAAUCAUCUAGAUCAAGGUGAAGAGCUACAAAUUCGAAUUGAUGAAGAAGGAGAUACUCAAAUAGUAAAAAAAUUGACAAUUAUUGGACUUUGGUGUAUUCAAUGGUUCCCAGCAGAUCGUCCUUCUAUGAAGCUUGUGGUUCAGAUGUUAGAAGGAGAACAUAAUUUAUCCACACCUCCUAAUCCUUUCACUUGCACUGGUCCAACAAAAACGAAUGCAAGCACAUCUAAAAGAUACCUUCAACAAGAGUUAACAGUUACCUCAGAAAUUGAAUGA